UUCCGCAAGAUGGACGCCAUGGAGCACGGCAGUGCCCCCUCCGCCGCCGUCGCUGCCGCGUUCCGCCCCUCCUCCUCCCCCGCCACGCCGCGCUCCCGCUCCGACGAGGAUGGCGAGGAGGAGGAGGAGGAGGCGGACGAUGGCCACGGCAGCGCCGGUGGCGGCGGCAACACCCGCAGCCUCCACCGCCUUAUGGCCAACGGCGGCGGGAUCGGCGGGGGGCUCAGGUUCAUCAUCCCAAAGGCGGUGCGGUCUAAGAUCACCACCGGAUCUAGGGUCGAGGAGAGGGCCCCCGCCCCGAGCGUUGGCGGCGUCAUGAACCCUAGCCCGACCACCCGGUUCUUUAAGGGCUCCGGCGGGGCAAGGCCGGCUAUGGAGGAGAUGAGGCGGCGGCUGGAGAAGAGCAGGAGGAGAAGGGAGAGAGACUCGUCGGAUGCGGUUGGGGAGAUGGUCUCGGCGCUGAGGACGCUGGGGGAUGGGUUCAUGAGGAUGGAGCAGAUGAAGAUGGAGAUGGCGAGGGAGAUGGACAAGGUGAGGAGGGAGAUGGAGUUGAAGCGCACCGAGAUGAUCCUCGAUUCCCAGCGCCGGAUCGUCGACGCCUUCGUUAAGGGUUUCUUCGGGGGAAAGAAGAGGGCCAAGGUCUCUCCCGAAGCUUGAAAAGGUGUUAUCUUUCUUUUGUUUUCGAUUUCUUUUCUUCUCUUUUUGUUAACGUUAUGGCUAUGUAUGAACGUAGAUAUAGAAUUCUCAGUGUGGAAAAUGGAUGGAUGGUAUCACGGGGACGGGGUACUUUGUUUUUGUUUCUUGUUUCUAAUGGAAUCAUAUAUGAAGCGCUGGCUUGAAUUAUUUCCACUUCCUUUUGUUUCCUUCUAUGCAGAGCUAAUAAAGGUAAAUUAUGUGCGAGUUUCUUUU